AUGACCUGCAUAUCGUCACCCGAGCCGUUGGGCGUGAUCCAGACGGUGCUGCUGCGGCGUCAGGAGGAGGAUGGACGCUCCAACCGAAACCCCUCAUCUUCCGAUUACAGUCCGGAGUUUAAUCGCCCCGAAAAGGGUUCAGGUGAGGAUUACAAGACGCUCCGGGCUGUUGGGAUUUCCAUUUCGAUGAGGGCAUACCAUUGCUGUUGAUGAAAGGAAAAUCUUCUUUUUCGUUAAUCGUCGCUUGGAACGACCACCUCAUUAAGAAUAUUUUCUGUUUCUUUAUUUACGGAGUUUUAGCGGCAUAAUUAACGAGCUGACGGGCUGUCGGGUCUAUAACUAACUGACUGGGGAAGUACUCCAAGUGCGAGGCUCAGGUUUUGAUGAAACUUGGGACAAAUUUAGAAUAAUUUUUUAUAAAAUGUAUCCGAGAAUUCUAGCUCGCGCUUUGCAGAAACGACGGGAUUUUUGGAUCAAAAGAUGGCAAGAAAUUUGCGAUUUUUUGCCGAAUUUUGGGACGAAAUGUUUCGUAUCUAUUUCUACCGUAAAAGGUAAUGUUUCCACAAAAAAUCAAUUUUUUCCGCACAAAACUAGAAAAGUUAUGGCAAAAAAUAUUUUUCUCGCUUUGAUCGCUCUCCGCGUUUAGUGUACUCUCUAGGUAGCAAAGAUUGUUCAAUCUCUCGGCUGUCCCAGCAAGGCGCCAGCUUAAACUUUCAGGAAAUGAAAAUUUUGCUCUCUGCGUUUCGCAUGCUCUCUCGGCGGCAAAUUGUUCAAUAUUUCGGCUGUCCUAGCAAGUCGAGAGCCAAAACUUUCCGGAAUUGAUGUUUAGUCUAUGUUUGACGUGGGUGCAAAAUUUAGAGAAAAUCUGCGUGUCACACUUCGGGUACUUCCCUUGUACAUAAAUUGAGCUUUUGGACUUUCAAAAAUAUCUAUCUGUCGGGAAAAUAAUGUGGAUUCGUCGCGCCUCGGAAUCGCCCAUCAUUGCUUUGCGAGGGCUAGUCGCAGCUGGAGUUUAGAGCGCGACUGCGACGAGGAAAGACAUUUUUUUGCGACAAAUCCACAUUAUUUUCACGACAGACUGAUAAGCCAAUCAAAAGCUUUCUCCGCCUACAGGUAAAAUACGUGAUUAUAAAAAAAUGAAAUAUAAAAUUUCAGAAUUUUCGAAAAGCCGAAGACCUAUAGCCUCGGUGAAAAUUAAAUAAAGGCCCAGCCGCAAAAGAGGUCUUUGAUGAUUACCCCAGUCACAAUAAAUUGUCACUUUUUUCAGACACAUCCUCUUCCCGUCGAUCGCGUCGGAAGCCAAUGAAUCUCGGCUUCAGUAUUGUCGGUGGCAUCGACUCGCCCAAGGGCCCAAUGCCCAUUUUUGUGAAGACCAUUUAUCCGGAUGGGAUCGCCGCGAGAAGUGGGCUACUUCAGAAAGGUAUCGGUGAAAUUUUGAGCUUUGAUUUUUUCGUAUAAUUUUCUCAUUUUAAUCCAACACCUGUCUGGAAUUUUUGAAGAAAUUUGUUUAUUAGCACUUUUUGGAGAGAAAAAAAUCCUCUGACAGAAUGUCGCGGAAGAGUUAUGGAACAAGCGGGAGGGAUUAGUGGAUAGUUUAUCGUUCCUUUUCACAAAGUGCCAAAGGGAAAUUUGCAAUUUACUAGUUUUUUAUUAUGUAUGCAGUAGAAUCUCUGUACAGACUGACUCGCAUACAAUGAAACCUGUCGAUUAUAAACAUUUUUUUGAGAUAGCUGGAAAAAGGUUUAGGCCAAAACAGUCCCCUUAUUACGCUUUUUCAAAAGUGCGUAGACAUUUUGUCGUGGGCCGCACCGUGCACAAACCUCCAUUUUCCGGGGUGCAUUUGACCUUUUGCACUGUGCAACCGGAUAUCGCUGCGACGCAAGCUUUUCUCAGCUGUGUCGCUGCGAAUUUUGGGCGUGCAAAAACAAACUGCACAGUGCAAAAUGGAUUUCGUCGCGCAACAUGCACGGUGCGGGGCAAAAAAGGCCGGAAAAUGUUUCUGCACUUUUGGAAAAGCGUAACAUAAACAGGGGAAUUGCUCCACGUGCGACGCUCAAAUUUUGUUGAAACAUGGCACAAAUUUAGAGCAAUUUAUCCUAGAAAUAUCCUAGAUUUCCAGCUUGCCCUUCGCAGAAACAUCCAAGAUUUUUAGGUCGAAAAUUUGUCAAAAAUUUGACACUAUUUUUCAAAUUUCGGCAUGAAAAACUUCACCCUUGUUUCUACCGUAGAGGGUUAUGUUUCCUCAAACAAUCAAAUUUUUGAGCACGAAAAUAGGAAAGACACGGCCAAAAAGUGUUUUCUCUCUGACCACACUCCGCUUUUUCCGUAGUCUCUCGGCCGCAAAGAUCGCUGAAUAUCUCGGCUGCGGCUGCAAAGCGGGAGCAAAAAUUUUCAGGGAUUGAUAUAUGAGCUAUGAAAAGCACGUGUGCAAAGUUUAAAGAAAAUCUGAGCAUUACACUUGGAGUACCUCCUUUGUGAAAAACUUGCCUAUAACAGUAAAUUUUUAGGUUAUUUGUAAUUCGUUGUACAAAAGUUCAACUGCAAUGCAUAGUAAAUGAUUAAGAAUCCAAUAUGACAAACAAUUUUUGACAUUUUGUGACACCGAAACUUUUCUUUUCUCAAGGUCACAAGAGUCAUGUUUUUCGAACCUUUAUAUCAUACGAAUCCGUAUUUUUCGAACAAUUGUCAGCGUUCAUUCUUUGUUUAUGGCCGUUGAACCGCGACGUUCUUUAGCGUUCUUUUUUUGGCCUGAAUAAUUGAGGAGAUCACGAGUUGCAUUAUUUUUACCAAUGUUACAGUAAGAAGUUGUAAAAUACGCUCGUUUCAAUUUGAAGGAUUUUUUUUUUGUUUUUUUAUCAAGUCUACUUUCAAUAAAAUGAUUUCAGGCGACGAGAUAGUGGCGCUGAACGGGCACACCUUCUCCGGAUUCACUCACGCGCAAGCGCUGAAUGCCUUCAAGGGGCUGGACAAGUCGAGUGAUGUGGUGCUGAACAUUCGACGCAACUGGCCGAAGCCGACACUCGAAAGGUCGGGAAUUUUUCGAAGUCUCUUUACUGACCUUUUUUUGGACCCUGAAUUCGUACUAGUCGUUCCAGAAAGUGCGUUGACUUUUCGUCGCAAGGUUUUGCGCAUUUUGGUCGGACAACAAUUGCAUAGUGCAAAAAAAAAGAAAAAUGCACUGUGCGCCGCGAAUAAAAGUCUAUGCACUUGAUGAAACGACUGGUAUACUUUCAUUUGGCUGACAGAGAAAAGGUCCAAGUGCGACGCUCAGAUUUUGAUGAAACUUGACAAAAAUUUAGAUUAUUUUUUUCUAAUCCACAUACGAGAUUCCUAGCUUGCGCUUUACAGAAACAACCGACAUUUUUUGAUAAACAGUUGGAAAAAAUGUAAAUUUUUUUGCAAAUUUUUGGCAUGCAAAGUUCCAUAACUAUUUCUGCGCUAGCUUUGUUUACCGGGUCGGCCAAGCCCGUCCCAAUUUGAUUUCGCCCUGCCUGAAUGCCAUGUCUAGUCCCCCACAAUGCGACGCUCUUCAUGUUUUUCAUAAAACAUCACCAAAAUUUAGACCAAAAAUUUUUAGCUCGCGCUUUACAGAACUACAGAGAGUUCUAGGUCGGAAGUUGUCAAGGAGCCGGGAUUCGGAGCCGGAGACCUUUUUAAAUUAUGCACGGGGCCGGCAGCCGGAGCUGCAAAUUUGGCCUCGGCUCCGACUCUGGGAGCUAACAAGGGAAUGGACUUUAUGUGUAAAUCGAUUUUGGCUUGGGACCUAGUCAGAUCGAAAGGUGUGUGGUAG